UAAAUCAAUCCUUAUUAGACCCUAUUUUUAUCAUUAAAUGCCUUUUUGUUGAUAUGGUAGACAAUGGAAUAAGGUCGUUAUUAUUACAUCAUGAACAUAAAAUUCUUUGUCCUACUUGUUAAGUUACGUUUUCAAUUCAUUUUCGAGCAUUCGUUUCCUCUUGUAUACCUAAUCAUUUUUACUUAGUGAUUCUCAGGUACUCAGAGUACAUUAAUUUCUUCUUGAUGUGAAAUUCCAGGUUAAAUUUCUGAAGAUUUUAAGUAAACAGACAGCAGCAAGUUAAUGAUGACUAAUAAGUAAUACUGUACACUACAAAAACUGAUGAAUCAUUCUACCUUCUUGUAUCAGAUUCAAACAAUGAUUAAAAGAUGCCAAAGUGAACAAGGCAUGGGUUUUACUGAAAUAAAACAGAAGCUCAGAGGAGUGUCAGAUACACAGAUCAGGUAUGCUGGCCCUAUCACAACUUCUGUGUUCACAGUCUGAGCCGAGUUGUUUAGUUAUCUUAAAAUUUGGGAAAACCAAGCUCUCCUACCCCUGAUACCUGCAGCUAAUUCCUUCGGAUUUUCCGAUUUAUUCCUAGUCUAUGUUGAAUAUAAUCAGUCAGUCAAUAAUACUUAAAGCAUGGGACUCUGCUUAUUACAGAUGUACUUUGAUUGAUGAAGUAUAUCACUUUUUUUGCGUGCACUAUGCAUUAUUGUUUUUUCCUUUUUGUGUCUAUGAUGUAAUAAAUUACUCAAAUUAAUAGGAAGAAACAAAAAAUCGGGAAUAGUGCAAAUCUAGUUUUAGUUACCAUGAUGACUCAUACUCUCUGUUUAUAGUGAACCAAGAAUUAGUUUGAACAACUCAACCUAUAUGUAGUCAAAAGACGGCAAAAUACUCUUCCCUUGAGGGAACACCUCCCAUUAACAGAGCCAGACUUUCUAAAAAUGUGACUUUUUGUAACUUUUGUCACCUUUUUUUCACGAUUAAUUUUCCUCACACAAAAAUGUUGACUUCUAGGAAACCCGGAAACAUCACCACUAAAAUAUUAUUGUAUUUUUGAACUCUUAUAAGUGGACUACCUCUCAUAAGUGAGUUUGGACACCAUUUUAGGGUCUGUGGAGGCUAAAAAUUAAUAACUUCUCUUGAGUGGGCAUCACAACAAAUCAAGACCAAACUCCAGUUCAAAACAUUCCUUAUGUUCCAGGAUUCUAACAACUGAAUAACACCGUUAAUUUUGAUGAGUAUGGGUCAGCUUGCAAAGAAAGUGGUGUCUGAUAGCCUGGGGCUAGUGGAUUUUGCUAGCGGGCCGGUAAAUGUUGUCCUUAACUUACCCAUUGAGCAAAUGAAGUGUUUUGGGGAAUUCAAGUUACAGAAGAACUGUAAUCAAUCCUGAUACACUGUAAUCAGAAAAUUUGUUUGGGCCAGUCAUAAAUAAAUCUUGGGCUAGUACAUACUAGCUACAGCUUGCCUGAGUGGCAAGCUAUAAGACUGACUUUCUUUGCACCCUGAUGGGUGCAGUUCUUUUGUUUUAUAUGCCAACAACAAUGAUUUUUCAUAAUUCAUUUUUUCCUUACUGGCUCCUUGUAAUGAACACCUGAGCGCGAGACCAGGGUACAGGGAUUUCCCCUUGAACACCAUAAGCAUGACCCCAACUACUUUGUACAAAGAAAACGAAGGGAAAAUACAGCAAAAGUACUUGCUAACAAUUCAGCUUCCCUACUGGUUGCAUCAUCAGUGGCGGAUCCACACCUUCACAUAAGGGAGGGGCCUCGUCAUCCAGACCCUGAGCUUAGAGGGGGGGAGGGGUGUCCUAAAAACUUUUUCAGCCCUUUGGGCCUCAGUUUGGUGUGAAAUUAAGGGAGGACCCCUCGCCUGGAUCCGCCACUGAUCAUAGCAGCACUCUUGAAAUUUUAGUGGUAGCCCCUGUAAUAGUCUCCCUCGCAGCCGUUUUUUGGGGGAGCGUUUCGUGUUUCCAAAAAACGGCUGGGAGGGAGACUACCCCUGUAAGGGUGUAAUUUAAAAAUGGAUUGUAAAGAAUCUGUUAAAAUAUUUUGCACUUUAAUAUCAGCAUGUAGUUGUUCUGUUCUUAUUGUUUUUCUUUUGUUUGUUUGUUUUGUAUUUGUAAUUGUUUUUGUCUUUGUUGAAAACAUUAUCUUAAUUAUUUUUUUUCAGAAGUACAUUAGAGUGGCUUAGCAAUGAAGGACAUAUUUAUUCAACCAUUGAUGAUGAUCAUUACAAGUCCACGGACUGAGAAAAAAGAAACUUUGUAAGACACCUGAAAGGCAUUGUGCUUCUAAAAUGAAUAUAUCAACAACCUCGUUUUUUGAAAUACCGAACUGAAGCCUUGGUAAUUCAUUUUGUUUGAUAGAACACACUUCUGACACACUAGGCCAAUGACAAAAUGUCACCAGUAGUACCACUGAAAAAUCCCUUUGGGGCUGCCAAAAUUCCACUCUCCUGCGCAAGACCAGCAACGCUGAGCAUUCACAGUUAUACAUCGUGCCGGCAAGAGGCUGCUAGAUCACCCGAGUAAUAAGUAAUCAAAAAAGCUGAUUCGAGCUUGCCGAGCUAGGCAAGGGAGAAGCUGAGUUCAUUUGUUGUAUUUUGUUUAUUUGCUUGUUUGGGUCUUAUUUGUUUGUUUUUCAAGUGUCCUCCACUGACUGCCAAAAUAAAACAACUACAAUUUC